UAGUCUAGUUAUUUAUUUAGUGCAGCUCCGAAAUCAGCAUUAAAACAUUCAGUGACAAUAUAAACACGGAUUUGUCUUUUUAUUUAUUACCAAAAGAGUUGAUGAAGUGAUUAUUACUCUCAGUUGAAAGUUCCGUAAAUAUGGCCGCAACUGUGGACAUAAGCCUUCAGCACGUUUGCCGACUGUGUUUGGGUGAAGAAUCUCUCGAUGGUAUAUAUGACGAUGAUGACCUACAUCGAUGGAUAUCGGAUUAUCUCUCAAUAAAGGUAUCGCAGCAAGACCGCAUGAGUCAGGAAAUCUGUACCAUCUGUCGGAUCCGGUUAACCGAAUUCCAUAAUUUCCGACUGCACUGCCAGGAAGUGCAAACCGUGCUGCAGUCCAUGGCGCGUGACGAUAAAGCCAACACCGGAAAACAUAUUCCGGUUGAUCAGGCUUGCGAUACUUUCGUAUCACGCCAACAUUUGGAUGAACACAAGGAAGUCCACACGCAGGGUGGUUUGAAGUCGGACUAUAAGCAGAUAACGAAUGAUGAACUAACGGUGGUGAAAACUGAACCAUUCGAACAUGUUGAUCUAACGAUCGAACCACAAGAUCUGAAAUCCCGCACCGAAAGUGAUCAUUAUCUUAAGAAAAUCAAUCAUGAAAAAUCAGAAUUGCAACAAAAUCCAUCACGUCAGGGAAUAGUCCGCGUUGUGAUUCCCCAUGGUGUUGCAAAAAAUCGUUUACCAGUUGACAACGCAAAGUCAGACGGUGAAGAAAUGAUGGACACUGAGGAGCUGAUGGACAUCGAACAAGUUAAAAUUGAAAGUAACUCAGACGAGGAAUUGCAACUACAGUUUCUGCCAUCUGAUCAACCAUCUUCAAAGUCGACUAACGUUAACAACCCAACAACUACACACGAAUCUUCGCCCAAAUACAAACUGACCGACAGUCAAAACGAUGAUCUGUUUCUGCUAGUUGAAGUGGAUUCAACGAAUAGCGAUUCAGAUGCUUUCAUAGACGACGAACUGGAACAUGAGGAUGGCAAGGAUGGCGGUGAUGGCCAACCAGGGAAUUGGGAGUGCGACGUGUGCCACAAAAUAUUUAAGAACAGGAAGUCAGGCUGGAAUCACAAGCAGCUGCACAGACCGAAAACGCAUAUUUGCCCAGUAUGCGGAAAGCCAUUUGGAAGCCGGUUCCUUUUGAAUAGGCAUAUUCCAAUCCACGAUUCAAUUCAUGAUCGUGAGCGCGCUAAGAAGGUAGAAGAAGAAAGUGGACCGGUCGAGUGCGAUGUAUGUCAAAAAGUUUUUAAACGAAGAUGCAGAUUGUAUGCCCACAAACGGAAGGUACAUGGCCCAAAGGAUCAGGAGUGUCACCUGUGUGGCUUUAGAUUUCGAACACGUGAGCAACUUUCCCGGCACUUCCAGAGGCAUUCCUUCGAAAACGAAGAGAAAAGUAAACCACUACUGCAGAACGAAGACGAUGCGGAAAUAAACGAUAAAUCCGAUGAAGAUUCCAUGCAAACUGCAUCAACUUCUUUGGAAGCGAAAUCGAACACUGACGAUUCACCAAAACAGUGUGCACUAUGUGAUAAGGUGUUCCCCAACCAGUACGAUCUUUGGCGCCAUCACAAGUACACACAUAAAAAGAGACUUGCGUGUGAGUUGUGUAACGAAACGUUUUUCAGAAAGGACCGAUUGCAAAAGCACAUGUUUGAGGAACACAAAUUUAAAGAUGGCAGCUACCUACCCAUGGAAUGCAAAGAAUGCGACAUAGUUUUUGAAACCACUCUUGAGUAUAGACGACACAAGCUUAAGCACACAUCACACAUGUGCACAAUCUGCAACGAAACAUUCAAAUCCGCCUAUUUCCUAAAAAUACAUCUGUCAACACAUUCGGAGGACGGGAAAUCAUUUGAAUGCACGAUAUGUCACAAAAGUUUUAAAACUUUUCAGAGAAAAGUCAUCCACAUGAAUGUUCAUAAGAAAUACAAAUGCCAUACUUGCGGAAGAAAAUAUUCAGGACGAAAUUGCCUUCUGAAGCACAUGAAGACACACGAAGAAGACAAUGAUGCAUCUUCGUCCAAAAGUGAUUCGGAGAAUGAAGCAGAUGCUAAUUCGGACGAUUCGGCUGAGGAAGCCUCCAUCAGGGACCAAAAAAUGGAUGACGUAAAUCCGCCUGCUGAAAUCAAACGGCGAAGUCUACGAGUAAAUAGCCGCAAAAGUCUAAAGCGUAGUAAAGUAUGAUCCUUAGCUCUAAUGUAUUAUCAAUUACCAUAGAAUAUAAUUAUAUCUCUACAAAUAAGUAAUUGAUACAAAAUAAUCUUUCUAAAUAAAUGUUGCGUUUAUGUUGCCGUAAA